CACAUAUUCAUUUUACACAUUGCUUAAGGACAUUUUCUGUAAAGGAAGCUUUGGAUUCUGAACUUAGCUUCUAUUUCUUUGAAGAUUUCAAUCGAUCGAAGCUUAUUCAGUUGAGAUCUUUAAAGGGUUUUUUUUAACAAAAUGGGAAGGGCACCAUGCUGUGAUAAAAAUGGCUUGAAGAAGGGACCAUGGACACAAGAAGAAGAUCAGAAGCUGAUGGACUACAUAAACAAACAUGGGCAUGGAAGUUGGCGAACGCUACCAAAGAAUGCUGGGCUUUCGAGGUGUGGUAAAAGUUGCAGGCUUCGAUGGACGAAUUAUCUGAGGCCUGAUAUUAAAAGAGGGCGUUUCUCGUUUGAAGAAGAGGAAGCGAUAAUCCAAUUGCAUGGUGUUUUGGGAAACAAAUGGUCAGCCAUUGCGGCUCGCUUGCCUGGAAGAACCGACAAUGAAAUCAAGAACUUUUGGAAUACCCACAUCAGAAAGAGACUCCUUCGAAUGGGAAUCGAUCCAGUGACACAUAAUCCGCGACUUGAUCUUCUCGACCUCUCUUCAAUUCUCAAUCCAUCUCUCUACAACCCAACUCAAUUCGAUGUCUCAAGAUUACUAGGACUCGAUCCUGUUGUCAAUUCAGAGUUCUUAAGGAUGGCUACAAAUCUCCUGUCAUCCCACCGUGAAAAUCCCAAUUUGUUUCUACAAAACCCUCAAGAGAACCAAUUCACAAGUACCCAAAUCCAAGAACACCCAUUUCCCUCGUUCCAAAAUCAACAACUUCCAGCCCAAAUUCUAGAAAUUCCAGCUUGCACCACAUCAAAUUCUCAGUUUUUCGACGACACCCAAAUCCUUCAAACCAAAGUGGAGGAAUACCCGACGUAUCCCGUCGAUUUUAGCUGCCAAAACAUCCAAGUGAAUCAAUGGCAAGACGACGGAAUUCCAUCUAAUUUAGAAGAAAACUUCCCUCCUCUAUUAAAUUACGGCUACUGUAAUUUGGAUCAAUCCAUCAUUGACCCGCAAUCUGAAAACUUGAACUUUCAGAUGAACAACAACCAAAACUUCAAAUUCAUGUCAGUUCUAUCAACACCAGCCUCGAGCCCAACUCAAUUGAAUUCACCAUCGACAUAUAUCAACAGCAGCGCAUGCCCGACUCCAUUGGAUUCAUCAUCCACAUACAUCAACAGCAGCAGUACUGAAGAUGAAAGGGAUACCUAUUGCAGUAACAUGCUGAAGUUUGAAAUCCCAGCUUGGAUGUGAACUAGUUGAUGUAAUAGAGGAGAAGAAAGAAAGAUAUAUGGACUGAUUGGAUUUUGAAUCUUUCAGUCCUUUGUUUUGUGCGGAUAUUGUAAAAUUAAUAUUAAUGUAUUAAGAAACAUUGGCUUCUUUCAUGGUUAGUGCAUUGUAUUUUUUUAUUUUUUAUUUCAUCUAGUCUGCAAACCAUAUAAAAGCAUUGAAAUUUCAUGA